GGCCCCGCCACUCCCCUGCACUGCAGCCUCUCCACAGCAGCUCCCCUGACAGGUGUCCCUGUCCUCCUCCGCCAUGACUUCCUUUAGCUACCGCCAGUCGUCGGCCGCCUCAUCCUUCGGGGCCCUGGGCGGCGGCAGCCUGCGCUUCGUGCCCGGAGGGGUCUUCCGCGCGCCCAGCAUCCACGGGGGCUCGGGCGGCCGCGGCGUCUCGGUGUCCUCCGCUCGGAUCCUGUCUUCGUCCUCCGGGGGCUACUAUGGCGGCGCCCUGGCCAGCUCCGACGGGCUGCUGGCGGGCAACGAGAAGCUCACCAUGCAGAACCUCAACGACCGCCUGGCCUCCUACCUGGACAAGGUGCGCGCCCUGGAGACGGCCAACGGCGACCUGGAGGUGAAGAUCCGGGACUGGUACCAGAAGCAGGGCCCCGGGCCCGCCCGCGACUACAGCCACUACUUCAAGACCAUCGAGGACCUGCGAGGCCAGAUUCUUGGUGCCACCAUUGAGAACUGCAGGAUUGUCCUGCAGAUCGACAAUGGCCGCCUGGCUGCCGAUGACUUCCGAACCAAGUUUGAGACAGAGCAGGCUAUGCGCGUGAGCGUGGAGGCGGACAUCAAUGGCCUGCGCAGGGUGCUGGACGAGCUGACCCUGGCCAGAGCCAACCUGGAGAUACAGAUUGAAGGCCUGAAGGAGGAGCUGGCCUACCUGAAGAAGAACCACGAGGAGGAGAUCAGCACCCUGAGCGCCCAGAUGGGUGGUCACGUCAGUGUGGAGGUGGAUGCUGCUCCAAGCAUAGACCUAGGGAAGAUCCUGAGUGACAUGAGGAGCCAGUAUGAGGUCAUGGCUGAGAAGAACCGAAAGGAUGCCCAAGCCCGGUUCAUCACAGAGACCGAGGAGCUGACUCAGGUGGUCACGAGCCACUUGGAGGCGCUGAAAAACAGCGAGAAGGAGGUGACCGACCUGAGGCGCACCCUGCAGAGCCUGGAGAUAGAGCUGCAGUCCCAGCUCAGCGGGAAAGCCUCCCAGGAAGGCGCACUGGCAGAAACAGAGGCCCGUUAUAAAGCCCGCCUGGCAGAGAUCCAGAUGACAGUGAACGCCAUGGAAGCCCAGCUGAGCAACAUGCGCACUGACAUGGAACGCCAGAACCAGGAGUACCAGGUGCUCAUGGACAUCAAGUCCCGGCUGGAGCAGGAGAUCGCCACCUACCGCAGCCUGCUGGAGGGCCAAGACGCCCUGUACAACAACCUGCCCACCAACAAGGCCCUCUGAGUCCCCUUCUGCCUGCGGACGGUGUCCCCUGGGGAGGAGGGACCCCACCCUGGCUCUUCCCCUGAACUGCCAAUAAAGUUUUAUGGCCCAAG